AUGCCAGCUCUGACGCUCACCGGGCUGGUCACAAAAGCCAAGCUCAUGCGGCAGACCUGCACCGUCACCGUCACUACACUCGGCAGACAUACGCUCGUCAGAAAGCCUCUCAACAGGACGAAGAACUAUCUUGUGCACGAUGAAAGGGAGAUAGCAAAAGUAGGCGAUCGGGUGAACAUCCUGCACUCGAGCAGGAAGCUAUCUGCACGAAAGAGGUUCAUCUUGCAAGACAUAUUAUCCGACUCGGCGCCUGCAGCAGGGCCAAAGACGACGUUGCUCGAGCCUUCCGCGCCUUCGGCUUCGCGUCAGACCAAACUGAUUCAUUCGGCUUCGAAGGAAGCCCAAGUACAAGCUCAAUCGACGACGACAAGGUGA